UAUACAAACCACAAUUCUCUUAUUUUCAGCUCAUAAUUUCCCCCCUCAAUUUCCAAGGAACAUUUGGGUUCCUAGUUGUCACCCUCAUAUCAUAAAUUCUUGAAACCUUGGUUUAAAAUUGUGUCCUUUUGAACUCCCACAAAAUUUGGAGUUUGUCUUGCCCCAUGGCCCUUUAUGUAAGUAGUGGUUGUUUCACUGUGAUGUGUCACUCAAGAGUUCACAGAAUAAGAGCUCUUGCCUCAGAGGGUUCUGCUACUCUCAAUACAGUGGUGGAGGAGAAGGUGAAGUUGGGUGGCUCUGAUUUGAAGGUGACAAGGGUUGGAAUUGGAGCUUGGUCAUGGGGUGAUACCACUUAUUGGAACAAUUUUGAAUGGAAUGAUAGGAGUGAGAAGGCUGCAAAAAAUGCUUUCAAUGUCAGUAUUGAUGGAGGUCUAACCUUUUUUGACACUGCUGAAGUCUACGGCUCUGGGCUUGCUUUAGGAGCCAUAAAUUCUGAGACUCUUCUUGGAAGAUUUAUUAAGGAAAGAAAAGAAACGGAUCCAGACACUGAGAUUGCUGUUGCAACCAAGUUUGCUGCACUGCCGUGGAGAUUCGGCCGUCAAAGUGUUCUCACAGCCCUUAAAGAUUCCCUUUGUCGACUAGGACUGACUUCAGUGGAUCUUUAUCAGCUUCAUUGGCCUGGAGUUUGGGGAAAUGAAGGAUAUAUUGAUGGUCUGGGUGAUGCUGUUGAAAAGGGACUUGUAAAGGCUGUUGGUGUUUCAAACUAUAGUGAGAAGCGACUGCGUGAAGCUUAUGAGAAGCUCAAGAAGAGAGGUAUUCCAUUAGCUUCAAACCAAGUAAACUACAGCCUCAUCUAUCGAGCCCCUGAAGAAAAAGGUGUAAAGGCUGCCUGUGAUGAACUUGGGAUUACAAUAAUUGCCUAUUCACCAAUUGCUCAAGGUGUUCUCACUGGAAAGUACACUCCUGAUAAACCACCAAGUGGGCCCCGAGGCAGAAUUUAUACUCCAGAAUUCCUAACAAGACUCCAACCUUUGCUUAACAAGAUCGGUGAAAUUGGAGAGAAAUAUGAUAAAACUCCUACACAGGUGUCCCUGAACUGGCUGGUGGCACAAGGCAAUGUUGUGCCAAUUCCUGGAGCCAAGACAGCAGAACAAGCUGAGGAGUUCAGAGGUUCACUUGGUUGGAGACUAACUGAUGAGGAGGUAGCUGAGUUGCGUAGUUUGGCUUCAGAAAUUAGGCCUGUUACUGGUUUUCCAGUUGAAAACCUCUAGAAUAUAGAUAAGCACUAUACAGUUGCAGCAUGCUCCUGCUAAAUCAAAUGUAAAGUUGUAUUUGUUUACAAUUAUUGCUCUUAUUAUUAAUUAUUUAUUUGACCACAUAAA